AUGUCUGCCUCACCUGAGCCUGCCACAGAGUCUCCCAUCGUGGACAAGGAGAAUGAAGACUCCCAAAACGUCCCGGACGUUGACCUGUCCGACGACGAGUCUCUCCUUUCAGACGUUGACGAUGCGCAGUUCGAAGACUUUGACGCAGCUAAUGUCUCCAUCGACGAACGCCCUGCUAUUGCGAUAGAUGAGGAGAAUUUAAAACUUAUCGGACGACAUAAGCGCGCCCGCAAUGAAGAUGAGGAGGAGGCGCGAAAGAAGAAAAGAAAGGAGGGGCGGAGGGAGAAGAAGAUUCGUCGGAAACAGGAUAACGAUGAUCGGUUUAGUGGUGGGGAGGAGGCUGAAGGGAAACGGGCGAGGAAGCGGAGGGAAGGGGGUGAGAGGAGGAGUAGGAAGGUUGAGGAGGAGGUUAAUGAGGAAGAGUUGGACCCUGCUACGCGCCGUCGACGUGCCCUUGAUCGUAUGAUGGACGAGCAGCUUAAGAAACCAACCAAACGUCGCCAUCGGAGAGCAGAUGGGAUUGAUCUGGCCGACCUGGCUGAUGCGGAAAUCGAAGAUGUGCGACGACGCAUGACGGAUGCUGCGAGACUGGACAGCAUAGCUCGAAAAGAGAACCGACCGGCCAUGCACAAACUGAAGAUGCUUCCGGAAGUUGUUUCACUCCUUAACCGCAACCAGUAUAUCAACAGCCUUGUCGACCCCGAAAUCAAUCUUCUGGAAGCUGUGAAAUUCUUCCUCGAACCAUUGGACGACGGCUCCCUGCCAGCAUACAAUAUCCAGCGCGAUCUCCUUGCGGCAUUGGGGAGACUCCCCAUCAACAAAGAGACGCUCAUAGCAAGUGGUAUUGGCAAAGUCAUUGUAUUUUAUACCAAGAGCAAGCAACCAGAGAUUGGGAUUAAACGCCAAGCAGAACGCCUUCUCGCAGAAUGGACUCGACCCAUUUUGCAACGGAGUGAUGACUAUUCCAAGCGAGUCUACGAAGAAGCCGAUUUCGAUCCUAGUCAACUUGCUGCUCGCAACCAGGGAAUAUCGGUCCAGGCUACCGCUGCAGAGGCUCGUGCGCGAGAGCUUCUACCCCCCCGUCUGGCUAAUCGCGCGCGUGCUGAAGGUGGACAUACUUCCUACACUAUCGUCCCGCGUUCGACUAUGGUCCAAGAGAGUAAAUUUGCUCGGCCGCUGGGUUCCAGUGGAGAGGAUCGUUUCAGACGGAUGAAAGCGAGACAGGCGGCAGCGGCAAAGGCGUCGAAGAGGUGA